AUGGCUUUCUUGCGUACCGUAAUGCUGCUGGCAGCUUGUUCGACAUGUGUAAUUGGAGGCCCAGUACCGAGGAACAACAGACGGCAACUCUUUGCCAGCUAUGCCAACACCACAUCAGCAACACAGUCUACAGCUUCGGCUGUUGUCAACGCCGAUACUGCGCUUAUCAUCGAGCCCCUACAGCGUACGGUCAUUACGCAGUUGAAUCCCGCCGUGACUUUCCUCGAUCCACAAGGCAAGCCUUUAGCUACACAAGAAGCCGAGACAGUUCUUUUGACAUCCUACUUCACACCCUCGCCUGCUCCCGCACCUCCAUCGUCGGCUGCCCCAGUAUCGAGCACUGUCGUGGUAUCCUCGCCAACCCCUAGCUCGAUAGCUUCCUCAUCACAAAUCAAUGCUUCUCCUUCAAUCAGUUCGUCUGCAGUCUUCGCACCUGCAAGUUCACAAGCGGCAAUCGCAAGUAGCUCGCUCAACAUGACGAGCAUACCGUCCUUCACAUAUUCACCCGAAGAAGACAAAUCAAGUCAGGGAACACCAAUUGCUUCUCCGACACCCUUGACGACAAGCAAUCCAUCCACCGGCAACUCUACAGGUCUACCAGGCUUCAACCAUCCUGGUGUCCCAGUCUCAGGUACCCAAUCAACAAGUGUUGCUUCAAGCCCCUUGGAUUCCAAAAGCGCUGCCGUACCCCAAUCAACCGCGUCAGCAUCACCAAUCCUCGCAAGCAGUUCCGUGUUGCUGGUAUCCAACUCCACCCAAUCGCCUGAUGGUGUACUCUCGACAGCAUAUGUCAUCAAAACUGAGUACACAACCGUGUAUCCCUCAACCUCUGCCUUGGCGCCAUCCUCAGUUGCCACUCCGCAACCAGUCCCAUCGCCAACACAGGGGUCAGAACUCGCUGCGGCACCGAGUUCAGCUCUGGGUCAGCAAUCCAGAGUAACUCCGUCAAGCUCUUCGCCGGUCGUCAUCGCACCAACAUCACUCGCGCCACCACCUGUAGUGAUUGUUACUCAGUACACCACAGUUGCACCUUCUUCAUCAGCAAUGCCUUCGCCUCCACCACAAGUGCCGGAAACUCCUGUUGCAUCGGCCCCUGUGCCGGCGCCUGAGUCUAGUGUGCUCGCAUCGUCAUCCGCAAUUCUACCAUCGACUUCUGCUGCAGUCCCAACGCCAUCAGCCCCGGCUGCGUCUUCACCAGCACAGUCAUCAAGCGCGUCAAACAGUUCUAUACAACCAUCUUCCUCUGCGACCUCAUCGCCGCCACCACAAGCUUCCCCUUCCACAACAUCAGCUGCACAACCACCGGCUGCGCCAUCAAGUGCUCCGUCAGCUGGACCCUCAUCGACGUCUGGUGGACCACUUGUCAUUACGCCGAUUGCGCCGAGCCAGAUAUUCACAGUCACGGUGACGGCGACAGAGAAAGAGACAGUUACUGAGACGGCAACUGUGACUGUGCGGCCUUGA